GUAAAAGGGAAGUGAGAUUUAACCAUGUAUGAAUGAGAGGUAGGAGUGGGAGGGAUAAAAAGCAGAGGAAAAGAGAGAGCGGCAGCGCGCUCACGCGGGAGUGCGCGCGGGACAGCACAUCGGCCGGAUCUGGGAGCCGCGAGGAUGGAGGUCCGACCAGAUAGGAUUAAAGCGGUCGCGGGCAAGACUCUCGGGAAAAUACACAGGCUCCUGGAGAAGCGCCAGGCCAAUGGCGAGACCAUCGAGCUGUCGGCGGAGGGCCGGCCCGAGCUGGUGGAGGAGCGGGAGCUCCCCAUGGUGGACUGCACCUGCUUCGGCCUGCCCCGGCGCUACAUCAUCGCCGUCCUCAGCGGCCUGGGCUUCUGCAUCUCCUUCGGCAUCCGCUGCAACCUGGGCGUGGCCAUCGUCAGCAUGGUCAACAACCACACCGUCUACCACGGCGACAAGGAGGUGCUGGUGGCCUCCCAGUUCACCUGGGAUCCGGAGACGGUGGGGAUGAUCCACGGGUCCUUCUUCUGGGGCUACAUCGUCACCCAAAUCCCCGGCGGAUUCAUCUGCCAGAAAUUCGCGGCCAACAGAGUGUUUGGCUUCGCCAUCGUGGCCACCUCCGUUCUCAAUAUGCUGAUCCCGUCAGCAGCCAGAGUCCACUACGGCUGCGUCAUCAUGAUCAGGAUAUGCCAGGGGCUUGUGGAGGGGGUGUCUUACCCAGCAUGCCAUGGGAUUUGGGCCAAAUGGGCCCCGCCUCUUGAGAGAAGCCGAUUGGCUACAACUGCCUUUUGUGGGUCCUAUGCUGGGGCUGUGGUAGCUAUGCCAUUAGCUGGGGUGCUUGUCCAGUACACAGGGUGGUCUUCUGUGUUCUAUGUCUACGGCAGUUUUGGGAUAUUCUGGUACCUAUUCUGGGUCCUGGUGUCCUACGAGAGCCCGGCCGCCCAUCCCACCAUCACCCCGGAGGAGAGGAAGUACAUCGAGGAAGCCAUCGGCGAGUCGGCGGGCCUGGUGAACCCCCUGCAGAAGUUCAAGACUCCCUGGAGACACUUCUUCACCUCCAUGCCGGUGUACGCCAUCAUCGUGGCCAACUUCUGCCGAAGCUGGACCUUCUACCUGCUGCUCAUCAGCCAGCCAGCCUACUUCGAGGAAGUCUUCGGGUUCGAGAUCAGCAAGGUGGGUUUGGUGUCCGCCCUGCCCCACCUGGUGAUGACCAUCGUCGUGCCCGUUGGCGGGCAGCUAGCUGACUUCCUGCGGACUCGCGGCCUCAUGACCACCACCAACGUCCGGAAGCUCAUGAACUGCGGAGGGUUUGGAAUGGAGGCCACCCUGCUGCUCGUGGUGGGCUUCUCCCACACGAAGGGCGUGGCCAUAUCCUUCCUGGUCCUGGCUGUCGGCUUCAGCGGCUUUGCCAUCUCAGGGUUCAAUGUGAAUCACCUGGACAUCGCUCCCCGCUACGCUAGCAUCCUCAUGGGGAUCUCCAAUGGAGUGGGCACUCUGUCAGGCAUGGUGUGUCCUCUCAUAGUUGGAGCCAUGACCAAACACAAGACACGAGAGGAGUGGCAGUAUGUCUUUCUCAUCGCUUCCCUCGUUCAUUACGGAGGUGUGGUCUUCUACGGAAUCUUCGCCUCUGGUGAAAAGCAGCCGUGGGCGGACAUCGAGGACACCAGCGAGGAGAAGUGCGGGAUCCUGGACGAGGACGAGCUGGCCGACGCCACGGAGGAGAUGUACCGCAGCGGAGGGGGGGGGCAGUACGGGGCUCUGAGCCAGCCCAACGUGGGCACCAACCGCGGGGGAGGAGGAGGAGGAGGAAGAGGAGGAGGUGGAGGAGGAGGAGGAGGAGGAGGAGGGUGGGUCACAGACUGGGACAAAACGGAGGAGUAUGUGCAGCCCCCGGGGUACAACAGCUACCUGUACAGCGGGGAGGCGCAGAGAGAGCUGAUGUAGAGCGAAGGAGCGGGGAGGAGAGAGGAGGUGAAAGAAGGAGGGAGGGAGAAAGGAAGGGAGAAAGGGGGAUGGUUGGAUAGUUAAAGAGGAUGAGACUGAGCUGGGCUAUGAAAGCUGGAUGGAAAGAUGUGAAGUGAGAGAAAACGUAUAGCGGGAGAGAAAACAAUGGGGGAAAAAACAGCCAUAGAUAGCCUGAGUGUGUUUGUGUGUGUGUGUGUGUGAAUGUGCGUGUCUGUGGGUAUGUGUUUGUAUGUGUGUGUGUGUGUGUGUGUGUGUGUGCAUGUGCGAAGGUGUGUAUUCAUUUAUACACGUGUAUGUGGGGUUUGUGUGUAUGUGUGUAUACUGAGAAUCUGUGCGAGUGUGCAGGUUCUGCUCUCCCUGUGAUUUACAGUAUUUGUGUUUUGGUCCCUUCCACUGAUAGAGUGAGCUUCUUGUGCUUGUGCUUGGGAUUGCAGUGUAUGUUUACACAAUGUUUCUGUGAAUUUUGAGCGAAGGAAUUGCCUUCUUAAAUAUCGGUAAAAAAAAAGAAGUAUACGCCCACUGUGUUGUAGCCACGCUCUUUCUGGCCUGAAGCUCAUCUUUCAGGCACAGAUGCCAAUAAUUACUAAUGUGUACGCACACACACGCACACACGCACAUGCACACACACACACGCACACGCACACGUACACGCACACACACACACACACACACACACACACACACACACACACACACUCGUUGGGUAAAUCCAUUAUUGGUGCUGUAAUUUAUAAUUGUCCUGCAGGGUGGGGUCUCUCUCAAACCUUUAUUCCACUGAUACAUUUCACUGAGGUCAGAAUUAAAUCUUUACAGGAGCAUUCAGUCCCUACUCUGGUAAACAUAUCCCCUGAUGUGACCUUGGUGGAGUAUGAUUUUUAUUUCUUCAUUUAUGUUUUUUUUUUUAAAGCCCUUUAAUGGAGUUCAUGCUGACAUACAACAAAAAAUGUUUUUGGCAUUCAUAACCACGCUGUAAUAUUCAUAAACCCUUUAAUAGUGCACACAAUAGCCCAGGAACAUGUCCGGACAUGAUCCACGAGCGUUGUAUAACAGGCCAUCACUGAUGUUCAGCGUCACAUGUUCCGUGACCUUUGACAGUGAUCAUCAUAGAGCUGUUAGGCGUUAUUCGUGCGAGGGAAAGCAAACAGCGGCCAUAAAAACCGUCGAGUAGCGCUUUAAAUGAUAAUUAAUGCCAGCGCGCUGCUUUAUGGAGUGUCUGUUAAACCUUUUGUGCGCGUCACCUCGAGUGGAAGGCGUUCGCAUGCAGAUCUGCGACGAGACGAGGUCCCGUCCUGUUCUGAAGGCAAGCGCGAAAACACCUCAAACGUGCCAACAGGUUUUAAAGCUGAACGGGAGAACGUGACGAGCAAUAAAGAAUGCGAGACUAAGACGAGCCGGACGAUCCAGCAGCAGCAGUUUUGCGGGGCUGGGAAGCAGCAAUAAGGACCAGGAUGACGGGUGUGGUUUGCAAUUGUGCGUGCGCGUUCAGCGUGUGAGCAUGUGCUGAAAACUUAUUUAUCGUUCGAUCCGCUGGGUUGGUGUUCUACGUGUUAACUAUGACCAAAUCAGUUUGAGAUAACUGUAAAAAUUUAUAGAGAAAUUUUUAGAGACUUUCAAUCGCUGACUUGAACUUGCUUCUAACUGUGAGGCUGUGGGAUCCUGUGGACCUAUAGGUUUUUCUUCCUUUAUAGGACUACAUUAUACAUUAUACAUCAUGGCCAUGAUGUCCUGUGUGUGUGUGUGUGUGUGUGCGUGUUUGUACAUGUGUACGUGUGUGUGUCUGUGUGUGUUCAAUAGUGCAGUGUCCAUGCUGCUGGAGAUUCGGCAGCAUGACAUUCCCACCACACGCUGUUCGUUUGCCUGAAUCCUAAAUUUCCGCGGCCAAAACCCACUCUUCCCGUCCCCCGCUUUGGCCUGAGGUCCCGGGCCGCUCCUGUCUGAAGGUGUCGGUUUCCCCCCAUUCCAAACGCGCACUGAAACCUACAGGCAUACUUCAGAUAGACAUCAGUUUACUGCUUGGGCUCUCGUACAAAAUGGCGUUUGCAGAUCGGCCAUGAACGAUAACCCACGUGACGCUUCCAGAAUGCAUUGCACUUAGUCUGUAUAAUUCCUCAAUAGUGAAAUGUCAUCGCUGCCUGUGCCAUUGAUGUUCGCUGUCUCCCAGGUGCUCGGUAGUGAGUCUAGUGCACUAACGGUGAGGAUGGAUAUUUGACAUUUUUUGCCGUAUAUUGGAUUGUGUCAUAUCCGAGCAAUUUCUACAUUUUACACUGUAUUGUAAGUACACUGCUGGAAAAAAAAAAAACUUCCAGCUCUGUUCCAUCAUUAUUUGGCAUCCGUUGAAUGUCAGCAGG